GAGCGGGAGGUGAUGCUGCGGCUGAAGGAGGUGGUGGACAAGCAGAGGGAUGAGCUUCGUGCCCAGGCCCACGAGAUCCUCUGCAAGAGCCGAGACACGGAGGCGCUGCAGGAACAGCUGCAUCGCUUCAUGGCCAUGAACGAGGACCUGCGUCACAAGGUGGCCGUGGUGCAGGCUCAGCUCAAGAGCGCGCUGGAGAAGAAAUCGGACUUGGAGACGGCGAUGCUGCAAAUCCAGAGGGAAACGAGCAGGAGGAGCAGGACCCCCUCGGAGAGGCAGCAGCCAAAGCCCAGCCUGGUGAGUCUGAGCCCGUGCCCCUGCUGCUGCAGGGCAUCGCUAACGCUGGGCCCACCUUCCCGGCCCUGUGAAGGAGCACCGUCGCCCGCGGAGGAUCCGCAGCACCGGGAUGCUGGUGGGAGCCCUGCUCACUGCUGCUUCUCCAAGGAAGAGCUGCAGCAGAUCCUGCAAGAGCGGAACGAGCUCAAGACCAACCUGUUCUUGGUGCAGGAGGAGCUGGCCUAUUACCAGCGGGAGCUGCUGAAUGAAGAGAGAAUUCCCAGCUUCUUCCUGGAUGCAAUGAAGUCGACUAUCAAAAGACAGAGAAAAAAAAUCAGAGCCAAAAUGCUGGGAACGAUGGAGGAGUCGGCGAGCAGCGAUGAAGAUGAAGGGUCCUGGCUCCCAGCUCGCGGCACAGACUCUGUGGAUGCUCAGCCUCCUGAAUCCAAAAUUAGGAACUUGUAA